AUAUGUGAACGCCGAUCGAAAACACGCAACAACAAAACGUGGGGUGAGCGUUCUGUUACCGCGUUUGAAGGCCUCGUUCAAGUCGGUGAGGGCACUUACGGCCAUGUAUAUAAAGCUCGAGAUAAACUUACAGGAGAGUAUAAAGCACUGAAAAAAGUUCGUCUGGAAAAUGAAAGAGAAGGAUUUCCAAUCACUGCUGUCCGAGAAAUCAAGAUUUUGCGCCAGCUGCGGCAUCCGAACAUUGUAAAUUUAUGCGAGAUUGUCACGGACAAAGAUGAUCCAUUAGAUUUCAAAGAAGAUCGAGGGGCAUUCUUCCUUGUGUUUGAUUACAUGGACCAUGAUCUGUACGGAAUUUUGGAAUCUGGAAUGGUCACUUUUUCAGAACAACACAUUGCGUCGUUAAUGAAGCAGUUAUUAGAUGGGUUAAACUACUGCCACGAAAAGCAUUUUCUUCAUCGUGAUAUCAAGUGUUCGAAUAUUUUAAUCAACAAUCAAGGUCAACUGAAAUUGGCCGACUUCGGUCUUGCUCGUCUCUAUGUGGCCGGAGACAACGAACGUCCCUAUACUAACAAGGUGAUCACUUUGUGGUACCGACCACCGGAACUAUUAUUAGGUGAAGAGAGGUACGGUCCAGCUGUCGAUAUUUGGUCCUGUGGGUGUAUUCUUGGUGAGAUGUUUACCCGACGUCCAAUGUUUCAAGGCAACGAAGAAAUCGAACAGUUAGAAGUGAUUUCUCGUGUCUGUGGUUAUCCUGAUCCGGCUGUCUGGCCCAACGUUGAAAAGCUUCCUUUCUAUGCUACAUUUAAGCCAAAAAAGUUAUAUCGUCGUCGUCUACGUGAGGAUUAUGCAAUCAUUCCAGGAGAUGCUCUGAAUUUGCUGGAUUGUAUGCUUCAGUUGGAUCCACGUCGGCGCUGUAGUGCUCGACAGGCUCUUGAAUCACCUUGGUUAAAGGGAGUUGACCCAGCUAAAAUAGUCCCCCCUAGGUUACCUAUAGAUCAAGAUUGUCAUGAAAUGUGGAGCAAAAAGCGACGGCGCAUGCUUCGUCAGGAACAAGAAAGAGCUCAAAAAUUAGCAGCUGAAGGAAAAAUAACCGGUCAUCUUCCUAUCCCCACUACGGUUCAAACCAAGGAGCAUACCCAUUCCUUUCCUCAUCAUGUAAACAAUGGACCCUCAAAGGAUGUUAGUGCGAUCGGCCGUGAACAUUCGACCAGACCAGCCCCAUCCACUUCACUACACCCCUCAAUAUCAUCGACGCGUGAUGCCCCUUUGUUCAAACCUACUUCGGUAGCGCCCCACACAUCACAAACUACAUUACCCAACCGGAAUACGACAAAUCCACCGGCACAGCAGGCGAUUGUGGAUGAUACUGAUCUCAAUGGCUCUAUCCAAGCUUUGAUUAAAGAUCUGGUCGAUUCUGGUCCUGAGCAUGUAAAAGAAUCGAUUGCCAAGGCUUUACAAACA